AUGAUUCAUCUUCUAGCUAAUAACUUGACACCAGUACCAUACCUCCUGGUUGACACUCCCGUAAUGGCGGCAUCAGACCCAGAAGUGCAGCCAUGGGGAUUCAUCGUCUAUCGAACCGUCUAUACACCCGAAUCGAAUGCUGUUUGGGACUCAGUUACUACCGAGCUCCAAGAUUAUGCAAACAACUCAUCUCCAAGCGGUAUUGCGGGUGGAAAAUGGACUGCUCCACGGCUCUGGUACAUGGAUGAUGCUUCCCUCUACGAUGGCCUCUCACUCGACCAAGUCCGCGACAUAUUUGCCGACUAUUCUACUGCCGCCACUGACCUAUUUAACGAGGGCGCCUUUGAGGAGUUCUCUCGGGGUGCCCGUUGGGAUAUCUGCCUUGUAAUCGACGAGGAGGCGAUGUACUCUAUCGUCAAUUAUGCCUCUGAUGACGCCUCUGAGUCUAUACGGCUCUUUAACCGCCCUAGACGCAAGGGUCCUAAGCCGCCAAUACCGUAUGUGAAAGCAGUCGAGAGAUGUUAUGAACCCCCUGAUCCCAAUCCUCCAGGGGCAGCGCGCUAUUCUCCGCCGUGCCACUACCCCGGCUGGAUGAAGGCUGGUAUCUUGUGGCUAGGGACUCUACAUGCUUGCGUUGAAAUGGAGCAUGAAUGUCCACACUGGUAUCCAAAUUUGGGGUUGGGGGACGACUGGUUCCCGGUAUAUGAAGGGGAAAUGAAUCUGAGCUUCCUAGAUUGA